AUGUCGUGCCUCUUUAGCAAGGGCCAAGAAGAAGAAGAGACAGCACCACAGGAGGAGGCGAUCUUGAAGCUCCCCAACGGCACGGAACAUCGCAUCAAGGUGUUGAAGCCCACCUGCGGGCAGGACGCCUUUUUGGACAUUCGUGAUCUUCACAGGGCCACAGGAUAUUUCUCCUAUGACCCCGGCUUCACCUGCACGGGCUCAUGCCUCUCCGCCAUCACCUUCAUCGAUGGCCCGAAGGGCGUGUGCCUCUACCGGGGCUACUCCGUGCCUGAUUUGGUGGACCAAGCACAAGCCUUGGAGGUGGCCUAUCUCCUGUUGGUGGGCGAAAAGCCUUCUGUGGCGCAGUUGGCGGAGUUCCGGAAAGAGAUCCAGAAGCACAUGUUGGUCCAUGAGAAGGUGAAGGCCAUGUUUUCAAACUUCACCAUCAAUGCGCACCCGAUGGCCAUUAUGGUCGCUGUGAUUGGUGCUUUAAGCUGCAUCUUCAGCGAGCUGGACCCUUUGGAUGAAGAACAUCGCUGGUUGGCGUGCAAAAGGCUUAUUGCCAAAGUUCCAGUGCUGGCGUGUUGGGCCUACAAGACUUCGAUUGGACAGCCGAUGAUGUAUCCUCGGGCAGACUUAAGCUUUGCAGAAAACUUCCUGUACAUGAUGUUUGCAACUCCCAUGGAGGAGUACCAGGUGAACCCCGUGGCAGCCAAAGCGAUCAAUGCAUUCAUGAUCCUGCACAUGGAUCAUGAGCAGAAUGCCUCCACCUCCACCGUGCGGAUCGCGGGGAGCUCCCAGGCAAACCCUUAUGCUUGUAUCGCCGCAGGCGUGGCUUCACUCUGGGGUCCAGCACAUGGAGGAGCCAACGAAGCGGUCAUCAAGAUGCUAGAGGAGAUUGGCGUCCCUGAAAACGUCCCCAACUUUGUGGCCGACGUCAAAGCCAAGAAGGAGGGUGUGCGGUUGAUGGGCUUUGGACACCGAGUCUACAAGAACUAUGACCCCAGGGCCAAAGUGAUGAAGGGCCUUGUGGCACAGGUGCUUCAGGAGCUGGGCAUUGAGGAUCCUCUGUUGAAAGUGGCGCAGGAGUUGGAGAAGGUGGCUUUGGCCGACGACUACUUCGUACAGCGGAAACUCUAUCCCAACGUGGACUACUACUCGGGCAUCAUGCUCCGGGCCCUGGGAAUUCCCACCUCCAUGUUCACGGUGAUGUUUGCCAUGUCCCGGACCGUUGGAUGGGUCUCCCAAUGGAACGAGAUGGUCUCCGAGGGCCAGAUGCGCAUUGGCCGGCCGCGGCAGCUCUACGUGGGGCCCAAGGAGCGCAAGUGGUCCGAGAGCAAGGGUGCUGGCUACGUCUCGGGCACGGUGAGCACGAGGCGAUCAUCAUCCUUUACAAAGCGAGUACCUGAUGUUCCAACUCGCUGA